AUGAGCGAUUUUCUAACCUCGUUGCCAGUCGAGCUGCUCCUCGUUAUAGUCGACCACUUCGCCGAGAGAACUCUGCCGUUGAAGUCACUGUCUCUUGUCAAUCGCAGGCUCGGUGCCGUCUCGCAACGCAAGCUUUUCAGCCACUUGACGCUGCGCCGCCCGCCGCCAGAGAGCUGGUCCACCGUUGCCGACUUCCCUACGUCUCAGCAUCUUCUUUCCGGGGUCUCCUCUCUCACCUUGCGAUUUCUGAAGGACUCUUUGGACGAGCCGGAUAUCGGGCCCGUCCUGGAGGCCCUCCUGCAGCACAGCCAGCCCCGCCGGAUUAUCAUGGAGGGGACGAAUUCCGACCCGCGCUGGGACGUGGUGGCUCGAUUCAUCCAGAUGCCGACGCUUCAGGUGCUGCAUCUGGUGAAUAUCUUUGGACUUCCUGCCCGCGAGCUGUUUCGGGUCCUGGCGGGAAGCAACAUCCAGGAGCUUGCACUGAUCUGGUGUGUCUAUAAAGGCCUUGACGGCGAGGCGCCAAGGCAGAUACCACAGGUGCCCAUCGGGUCUAUGGUCCACCUGCGGCGCCUUAUCUUGGACGGGGACUUGCAGGAUAGUCCCCGUCUGUGGUCCUCGUCCCACGCAGCAAAAUUAGCUAAUGUGACUGAGCUUCGCGUGGGCGUGGUAGGCCUUUUGGUGGACGUACAGCACAACGCCGUUAUCACAAGUGUUGCACACAGCCUCGUAGAGCUCGAGCUCACGAGCAGCAUCCGGCGGAAGCCACUGGUGCUCCCACCCCUGCCCUGCCUGCGGGUGCUUGUUCUCUACACAGAUCUGUCAACCGACGCCGAUUACCUUCCGCUUGGCCUCGCAGAGACGCUUCAUGCGCUACCGGAAACACUGGACACGCUCACCGUCAUCUUCAAUUUCGUCGUCGGAAAUCCGGACUACUUCCGUCCCUCGCUGCGCCAGCUGCCAAUAUUCUCGCCAACGUCCGUUCACCACCGAGACUGGGCUAGUUUGAUGAUGCAUUUCCACCUUUCUGCCUCUGUGAGGCAGAUCAAGGAUAUUCCACUGUCAGUGGUGUUGACUGUGGAGGAUCAAGAAGAUAUUUGGAGGGAGUUUUGCAGAGGAGUGGGAAAAGCUUUCAAUGGUUUCCAGCUUCCACAUUUGACGAGGAAUUUUGGUCCAGAUAAGCUGCUGAUUGUGUCUUCAAAUCCAUACCAUGACUUCUGA